UAGGAAGAAUUUUAUACCGUUACACGAUCAAUCUACGUACAAAAAUGUUGUGAUGAAUGUGUAAACAAUUAUAAAAUUUAACAUUAGAAAUUUAUUACACUAUAUGAUUACACCAUACUAACGUUUAUCAAGUUUUGUACAUUAUUACGUAAAACGAAGAAUAAUAUCAAUUCACCGACUUGUAUAGGUUAGACGAAUCGCUUUGCAUGCACUUUGUUUGUACUGAAAUAUAGUUUAAACAAAAGCAAAAUGUUAUCGUUGGUAUUAAAAAAAUGUGUAUUUCACACGCAAAUACGAUCUUUCACAACCCUUCUUAUGUGUAGUAGGAAUCAAGAUAAAAAGAAAUUAAUUCAUUAUUGGACAGAAUUCGAAUGUAUGAAUACGAUAAAUUUGAAUCCUCCGAUACGUUACCGGCCAUUCGCGAGUACACCUAACGAAAAAAUUAAUUUACCAAGUUUGAUGGACGUUCCAAAAUAUCAUAAUCCUUCACUAAGUCUCUGGUAUAGCCAAAUUUUCCUUAGAAUUUAUGUUCCAUUUACCAUUGACAGGGAAUUUAGUUUAAACGAAUUCAAUAGAGGAGCAAGACAAGCCAUGGAUAUAGUAUCCCAUGCAUUGGCUAAUGAAAAUUAUGAAGAACUGAAUGGCCUUGUAGAAGACAAAACAUUAGAAAUAUUAAAGGAAAAUGUAAGCCGUUUGACUCCAGAGCAACGAAAUUUAAUAGCUGUACGUCAAGACUGGUUGGUGGACCCUGUUCCUUAUACUACAAGUAUCAAAAGAGAUCAAGAUAAAGAUAAAGAUUUUAUUAUUGAAGUAUCGUAUGUUGGUAUUUACAUAAUACCAUUAAAUAAACCAAGUGAUGUUCAAAAAAAUGAAUUAGAGAUGUUCCUCAAGAGUUUCAUACCGGCUGGGCAUUCUGUUGCUUGCAAUUAUACAUUUCAAAGAAAGUAUGUAAAUGGUGUAGGAGGUUCGUGGUUAAUAACCGUGGUAAACCAUUUUACAUGUGGUUUUAACGAAAACACUUAAACAAAACAUCUCUAAGUAGUCCACUUCCAUACUGAAAAGGUAAAUGCAUGUAUGAAUCAAACAAAUGUAAAUAUUUUAUUUGUAUGUACCGUCGAUAUCACAUUUAAUUUCAUGUGUUGUUUUC